UAUCCUUGCAUACGUUUCCUUCCUUUCGUCUCCUCCGCUUCCCUACCUUCUUUUGUUUUGAAGCAUUUGAAUAAGUCGUCGUAACCCCCCACCCUAUAGUUGCACCUCACGAAGACGAUGAGCCUCCAAGAAGUCAUCGACGUCGGCCGCAAUUUCGCCGUCAUGGUUCGAAUUCAAGGCCCUGACCCAAAGGGACUGAAAAUGCGAAAGCACGCAUUCCACUUGUACAAUUCUGGAAGAACAACAUUAUCAGCGUCUGGACUGCUUCUGCCGGACUCAUUUGUUAUUGCUUCAGCGUGUAGGCAGAUUGCGGGUGAAAGCAAUUUGCAAAUUGGGGGAGGUUACGUUUUGGUCAUUACUGUUGCCUCAGUUCUUGAGCAAUUUCUUUUACAGCAGCAAAGAGACAUCAUGUCAGAGCUGGAUAAACCCAUGUUGAUACCUGGUGCUCAGAUAGACAUAUUGUUGGAGGGUAAGGAGGGUCAUGCAAUGACAGAUACGGUGGCUUUGCACUGGGAGCCAGCUGAACUUAUUAGAGUGGUCAAUGUGCCUACAUCAUCUACUGCUAUCCAAUCACUGGUUGAAGCUUCUUCUGGUUCAAUAAAGCAUGACUGGGAAGUUGGUUGGUCUUUAGCUUCCUAUGGAAGUGUUCAUCAAUCAUUUAUGGACCCUGCACAAAAGCAGGAUUUCUCGAAUAACUAUUUCAGGUUGAGCAAGCUUCUUUGCCUAGCCAAACUUAUAUUCUAGGGACAGAAUACAGUAAUCCAAGUCUAAUGGGCAAAUCAGCAACUAGAGUUGCUCUUCUCAGAGUUUCUUUCAGUCAAUAUGAGGGUCUUCCAAAGAUAAGCACAUCCCAUUCAAAUAAGAGGGGCGAUCAUCUUGUGUCAAUUGGUUCUCCCUUUGGCAUCAUAUCUCCUCUUCAUUUUUUUAACAGUAUAUCGGUGGGAUCCAUCGCCAAUAUUUACCCAUCUGACACCUCAACAAGAUCAUUGUUGAUGGCUGACAUUCGAUGUCUUCCUGGAAUGGAAGGAAGCCCAGUUUUUGGGGAACGUACAGAACUUGUAGGCAUUCUUACGAGACCAUUAAAACAGAUGACUAGCGCGACUGAAAUUCAUAUGAUUAUCCCAUGGGAAGCUAUUGCAUCUGCAUGUUGUGAUCUGCUGCAGAAGCAUCCUCAAUGUAUUCAGAAUGGCACCCAACAUGACAAAGGAAUCUCGAGUAUUAACACUGGAUCCACAAAUGACAUUCAUGGAUGUAUCCCUUCAGGUCCUCCAUCUUCAUCCUCAAUUGAGAAGGCAACAGCUUCUGUUUGUCUCAUCACUGUGAAUGAUGGGGCAUGGGCUUCUGGUAUUUUGCUCAACAAACAAGGCCUUAUUCUUACAAAUGCUCACCUUCUUGAGCCGUGGAGAUUCGGAAAGGCACCCACAAUUGGCGAAACACAUAAGGCAACACCCGAGUUUGCUGUUACGCCCUAUGAUCAAAGCAAAUGUCCAGGUGGUGAUAAAGUUGAAAUAGGGUUUAGUAUCAACCUGGGAAGAAAAGACCACAGAAGUAUACGUGUACGCUUGGAUUCUAUGGACCCAUGGGUAUGGACUGAUGCAAAGGUUAUUCAUGUUUCAAAAGGACCACUAGAUGUUGCACUACUGCAACUUGAUUUCGUUCCCCAUCAGCUUUGCCCCAUUUCUGUGGACUUCACAGCCCCUUCCCCUGGAUCAAAGGCUUACAUUCUUAGUCAUGGUCUGUUUGGACCGCGAUGUGAAUUCCUCCCAUCUGCUUGCCUUGGUGUGAUAGCUAAGGUAGUUGAAGCGAAGAGGUCUGUGCACUACCAGAUCACUCGAGAAAGAUAUUUUCCUGCAAUGCUCGAAACAACAGCAGCAGUACAUUCCGGCAGUAGUGGUGGAGCAGUUGUUAAUUCUGACGGGCUCAUGAUUGGCCUUGUCACCAGCAAUGCCAGACAUGGUGGAGGGACUGUUAUACCUUGUUUGAACUUCAGCAUCCCCUGUGCAGCCUUGGAGCCUAUCUUUAAGUUCUCUGAAGAUACGCGUGACUUGUCACUUUUGGAAUAUCUGGACGAACCAAACGAGCAGCUAUCUGCUGUGUGGGCAUUGGCACCUCCUUUUUCGUCCAAACUGAGCCCCUUUUUGCUUAAUCCACCACUACUUCCCGAAGACGGUGGUGGGAAGGAUUUAAAGGGUUCCCGGUUUGCUAAGUUUAUAGCCGACAGAAAUGAAUUGCUGAAUCAGGACUCCCAUCUUGACAAGUCCGAAAGUGCUCAAAGUAAAUAUAUUUCCAGCAAGUUAUGACAGGAUCCAUCAGUCAUCUGUGAGCAUAUCAGAGAACUUGGCGUUCUCUGUUUUCUUGUAAUGACAGUCUUCUGUUAAUGUGUACAUUGCUUUUGUAGCAUAUACCCCAAGUUGUUCUUGCAUCACUAUCAUCUUACGAAAAUAGAAACACAGCGAAAAUACUGUGUACAGAUGAAGGGCAUGCACACAAAUACCUAUUGAAGUCGGUAUUUGUAAUCCACAUAAACCUCUUUUGAUUUAAGGUUCUAAUCAGCUAAGGAAGUAGCUG